AUGAAUCUUCCAUUCCGCGAGGCGAACGCCCCGGGAUCCCCGUCCGCUUCGCUGAAAUCAAUCAAUCUGAGUGUUGCGGAGAGACAGUGCAUAUGUGCGAGUUGGGAAAAGUGAGUGAAAUGAAGGCGUUCUUCUUGAAACCGCCAAUGUUCCAGAGCCUCCACGCAGUCAGACAUCGGAUGCGAACUCGUCGCACGGCUUCUCAACGACAACAGAACCCGUUUCCGUGCACUUCUCGGUAAUUUUCAAGGUGAAUAGACAGUAAACAAAGGUUUCUUUUUCAGAAUGUAAGUCCGGUAGUUUUUUGGGCAGUGUGAACUACACGACAGACGACGUCAACAAUAUGAAGAGGGCCCGAUCUGUGGCCGAUGGAGUCAACUGUUUCUUUAACAAAGUCAUUUCGAAGCUGAUGGAUAAGGACUACAUCGCAGAGAUCCAGGACCUUUCUCUCCAGCUCGGGGCCAUGCACUUCCGGAUGAAAGUGUGGUUCCAGGCGGAGAAUUGGCUGUGUGUCAAGAAUUGUCUACUGGAUUCAGUCGUCUCCGCUCUCCUUAAAGACACAAAAGGCACUUACGUGAUCUGCGGAGGCCUCAAGAAGGUUCAGACCGUCGAGAAGCACGUCACUCACGCGUGGUUCAAGUUCGUUCAGUUUAUCAUCCAGAACAUGAAGAAAGGAUUUCUGGCCGUGAGUGAUAAAGAUGUCCUCCUCUCUAACUCGCUGCUUUCAGGAAGCACUGAACGCGGACUCGCAUGCUCCUCCGAAGACUGAAUGUGCCUCUCCGUGCUCCACCGCCAGCAACCACAGCAUCUGA